ACUGCCUGUUUAUCUAGUUAAAUCAUGAUCCAAUUAACUCUUGGUUGUCUAAUUUAGCUGCUGCUGUGGAUGUGCGUACUGUUGUAGUGGUUAAUCGAUUCCAGUAUUAGAUAGUGCCAUCUGGAGCACUAAUUAGGGCCCCCUCUAGACUAUGUGUAAAAAAAGAAGAAAAACUAUAUGUCUGGUGCAGCAGUAGAAAAUUCCAGGCUCCCGGGGAGUAAAUAUUUUUCUCUAAAUCGUUAUUUUUUUUUUACUCCCAGAGAGUCUAAUGAUACAGAUACCGCAUUUCGUGACCUCUACGAACACGAAGCAAGUGCCGCGGGCACGCGCCGGGGGGUGAACGGCAUAGCCAGCUUCCCCCGGGACCGCUUCCUCCUCCCCGUUUGAGCCCGCCCUACUGCAGAGACCGCGGCGAUGCAGAGGCGACACAGGAGCGCUGGCGCCAGGCUGAGCCUGGCGGCUCCGGCAGCGAGUCCGGCGCGGACUACAAGUACCGUGAGCUCCCGUGUGGGUACUACAGGUCCCACAAUACCUCACGCCGCCUGGUGUCCCUGCUUCGGUCCCGAUUUAAAUCCAGGCAGUGAGGAAAAUGGCGGUGCGGGGCUGAGUGUGGGGGAGAUGGAGAUGUAGCUGAGCUUUGGCUCAUUUCCCAGGCAUUCCUACUGGCUUCUGCUGUAGCGAAUACUGUGUUCGGAUGUGACUUAAAAUGAAUUCUGAUUCUGAAGGUCCUCUGAAAAAUAUGCAGUGCUUGAAUGUUUGCUAAGGACUACUGCUGAUGCAAGGUCAAGAUGAGCGGAUUAGGAGAAAACUCCUUAGAUAGUUUGACUAAUGAGUCAAGGAAGCGUAAGCCAUUGCCCUGUGAUACACAAGGUGCAAGUCUGAUCUGCAGUGGUGAGAAGCGUCGACGUGAGCAGGAAAGCAAAUACAUUGAAGAACUGGCUGAGCUGAUAUCUGCUAAUCUGAGUGACAUUGACAAUUUCAAUGUCAAACCAGACAAAUGUGCUAUCUUAAAAGAAACUGUGAGACAGAUUCGACAAAUAAAAGAGCAAGGAAAAGCAGUUUCUAAUGAUGAUGAUGUUCAGAAAGCUGAUGUAUCAUCCACGGGUCAAGGAGUUAUUGACAAGGAUUCAUUGGGACCUCUUUUAUUACAGGCAUUGGACGGCUUCCUCUUUGUUGUAAAUCGAGAUGGGAACAUAGUAUUUGUAUCAGAAAAUGUCACACAGUAUCUGCAGUAUAAACAAGAAGAUUUGGUUAAUACAAGUGUGUAUGGUAUCUUGCAUGAAGAGGACCGGAAGGACUUUCUUAAAAACUUACCUAAAUCUUCAGUUAAUGGAAUUUCUUGGAGUAAUGAAACACCUAGACAGAAGAGCCAUACAUUCAAUUGCCGGAUGAUGGUGAAAAGCUCUCAUGACCUCUUUGAAGAUGUAGGUGGCUACCAGGAUAUACGUCAAAGAUAUGAAACUAUGCAGUGCUUCGCGUUAUCACAGCCAAGAGCUAUGAUGGAAGAGGGGGAAGAUUUGCAGUCCUGCAUGAUUUGUGUGGCACGUCGUAUCACAACUGCAGAAAGGGUAUUUCCAGCAAAUCCUGAGAGCUUUAUUACAAGACAUGAUCUUUCAGGCAAACUUGUCAACAUUGAUACAAACUCAUUACGAUCUUCCAUGAGACCUGGCUUCGAAGAUAUAAUUCGUCGCUGUAUUCAGAGAUUCUUAUGCCACAGUGACCAGUCAUGGUCAAAUAAACGCCACUAUCAUGAAGCUUAUACGCAAGGUCAUGCUGAAACCCCAUUGUAUAGAUUUUCUUUAGCGGAUGGUACAAUAGUGACAGCACAAACAAAGAGUAAACUGUUUCGAAAUCCCAUAACUAAUGACCGCCAUGGAUUUGUCUCUACUCACUUCCUUCAAAGAGAACAAAAUGGAUAUCGGCCAAAUCCUAAUUCUGUUGGGCAAAACAUCAGAACACCUGUGACUGGAAACACAAAUUCUGUUCAUGGUCUUAUGAACAUGUCACCUGGUCAAGCCAUGCCAAUGCAGAACAGAAACUAUGGGAUGGGAGAUCCCAAUGCAGUGGGUCAGCUCACCAGCGCUCGAUAUGGAAGCCCUGGGAAUGUGGGGCCAGUGAACUCUGGAACUGGCAUGCAGUCCUCUGCUUGUCAGAGUAACAAUUUUGGGUUAAAUAUAAGUAGCCCACCACAUGGCAGUCCUGGCUUAACUUCCAGCCAACAGAAUCUAAUGGUAUCUCCCAGGAAUCGAGGGAGUCCAAAAAUGAGUUCACACCAGUAUUCUCCAGUUACAGGUAUGCACUCGCCAAUGGGAUCUGCCAGCAACACUAGCAACAGCACUUUUUCUAGCAGUUCUCUUAGUGCUCUGCAAGCCAUUAGUGAGGGUGUUGGAAAUUCCCUUUUAUCAACACUUUCUUCACCGGGUCCAAAAUUGGAUAAUUCUCCAAACAUUAGCGUAACUCAGCAAAUUAAAACAAGUACCCAGGACUCCAAAAGCCCUUCUGGUUUGUAUUGUGAACAAAACCAAGUGGAAAGUUCCAUCUGCCAGUCAAACAGCAGAGAUCUCUUUAGUGAAAAAGAUAGUAAAGAGGGAAAUCUGGAGACAUCUGAAAGUCAGAGAGGACCAUCUGAGAGCAAAGGACAUAAAAAACUCCUUCAGCUUCUUACGUGCUCCUCAGAUGAAAGAGGACAUUCUACAGCAUCAAACUCACCUUUAGACUCAAAUUGUAAAGAAUCUUCUACCAGUGUUACCAGUCCUUCAGGAGUUUCCUCAUCAACAUCUGCAGGGGUAUCUUCCUCCUCAAACAUGCAUGGGUCCCUCCUGCAAGAGAAGCACAGGAUUUUACAUAAAUUGUUGCAGAAUGGUAAUUCUCCAGCAGAGGUUGCCAAGAUCACAGCUGAAGCUACUGGUAAAGACACAUAUCAUGAUGCUAGUAACACAACCUCCUGUGGAGAAGGCACUGUCAAACAGGAACAACUAAGCCCAAAGAAGAAAGAAAACAAUGCUUUACUAAGAUAUCUACUAGAUAAAGAUGAUAUUAAGGAACCGCUUUCCAAAGAGUUGAAGCCUAAAGUAGAAGGUGUGGAUAGUAAGAUGGGGCAAUGCACAAGUUCUACAAUUCCUACUUCAAGUCAAGAAAAAGAGAUGAAAAUAAAAAUGGAGCCAGCAGAGGAGAUGAAUGGAGACUUGGAUAAUUUGGAUGCAAUUCUAGGCGAUCUUACUAGUUCAGAGUUUUACAAUAAUGCUAUGUCUGCAAAUGGAAAUAACCCUGGAACAAAGCAAGCAUUAUUUCAAGGAAAUGCCCUGUUGGGUGUGAAGAGUCCCCAGUCUGUGCAGACUACUCGCCCACCUUUUAGCAGAGCCUUGUCUUUAGAAAGCCCUGUGGGUUCAGGUGCUUCAGUGAGGAAUGUCAAUGCAUUCUCUGUGUUACAAAAGCAAAACUUGAUGGGUGGAAGUCCAAGAAUGAUUGAAAACCAAGAAAACUUUGGAGCAAAUCUGGCAAGUGCUCCCCACAGAAAUGUGGCGAUGAAUCAGCAUCAGCCAGGAGACUGGGGUUUGCCAAACUCCAAAGUGAACGGAAUGGAAUCUGCAAAUUCUGCUGCAGUGUUGAGACCAGGACCUGAAUUUAGUACAAGCCUUCCGAGGCCCCCAGAGGCUGGGUCUGUGUGUGGGCUGCCUGUUCGCUCUAACAGCAUACCUGGUACUAGGCCAAUGGUGCAACAGCAAAUGAUUCACAUGAGGCCAAAUGAGAUAAACAUUGACAUGGGAGGUAGUCCCUAUGGACAGCCUGGACCUUCUAACCAACCUGGAUUGUGGCCUGACAAUAUGAUGUCCAUGGAGCAAGUGUCACGGGGUUCACAAAACAGACAAUUAGUUAGAAGCUCUUUGGAUGAUUUCCUAUGUUCGGCACCAAAUAUGGAAGGCCAGAAUGAUGAAAGAGCACUUCUGGAUCAGCUGCACACACUAUUGAGUAAUACAGAUGUCACAAGUCUGGAAGAAAUUGACAGAGCAUUAGGAAUUCCUGAUCUUGUAAACCAAGGACAAGCUUUGGAACCCAAACAAGAUUCAUUUCAAGGUCAGGAAUCUUCAGUUAUGAUUGACCAGAAGCCUUUGUUAUAUGGUCAGCCCUAUCAAGGGCAAGGGACAGCAAUGCCAGGAAGUUUUAGUAACAUCCAGGGACAACAGCCGUCUUUUAAUUCAGUGAUGAAUCAGAUGAGCCAACCGAGCAAUUUUCCUCUGCAAAGUAUCCAUCCCCGAGCAAACGUGAUGAGACCUCGGACCAACACACCAAAGCAGCUACGCAUGCAGCUCCAGCAGAGGCUCCAGGGACAGCAGUUUAUGAAUCAGACCCGUCAAACUCUUGAAAUAAAAAUGGAAAAUCCAGUCAGUGGUACUAACUCAGUGAUGAGACCAGUUAUGCAGCCACAGGUGGGAUCCCAGCAGCAAGGUUUUCUUAAUGCUCAAAUGGUGGCUCAGCGUAACAGGGAACUAAUAAGUCACCAUUUUAGACAACAGAGGAUGGCAAUGAUGAUGCAGCAGCAACAGCAACCUCAGGCCUUCAGUCCACCACCAAAUGUGACAGCCUCAGGAAGCAUGGAUAGUGCUUUGACAGGCCCUCCAAUGGCUCAAGUUCCUUCACAGCAAUUCCCCUAUCCACCUAAUUAUGGAAUAAGCCAACAACCCGAUCCUGCAUUUAGUAGAGUAUCAAGCCCUCCCAAUCCAAUGGUAUCAUCAAGAAUCGGACCCUCCCAGAACCCUAUGCUGCAGCAUCCUCAGUCAGCAACAAUUUACCAGUCCUCAGAGAUGAAGGGCUGGCCCUCAGGAAGCAUCCCCAGAAACAGUUCUUUUCCCCAGCAGCAGUUCAGCCAUCAAGGUAGCCCAGCAGCAUACAGUAUGAUGCACAUGAAUGGCAGCAGUGGCCAUGUUGGACAGAUGAGUAUUAAUACCAUGCCUAUGUCAGGACUGCCUAUGGGUCCAGACCAGGUAAGUUGUACAUCAAGACUGAUGAAAAGAUUUGCUGACUCUUUUUCUAUUGAGUACAGUCUGCUUACAUCCAUUCCUCCUGGACAAUCCUGCUCUCAGUUAUCCUGUUUGUAUUUGCAUCUGUGGGCCUAUUAAUUUUAUGUCCUAAGAGAUACUUUCUUUUUGAUGAUACAUAAGCAAAUUCACAAUGAGCCCAAGCUGUAUGCUGGGAUUAGCUGUUGACUUUGAAGUAUCAUGGAUAGGACCAAGCCUUAAACUGCACAAAGGAUGAUUAAAUACUUCUGAAGCUGGAAAAACCCCAGGAAAAAAACCCAUGGACAUUGUGAAAUGCAUGUUCAGCAGAUCUUGAAAAUUACAUGUAAUAGCUCUUACAAGUCAGGCUAAGAAUCCUGCUAGUGCGGCAUCCUUCUGGCAGAAACUGAUAAUGAUACUUGCCCUUACAAUACCUUAGAAUAACUUGUGUAUGCAUAGCCAGAAACAAUGGAAAAUUUAGACCCCUCAUUUAAGGUGAAAAUGUGCUAAUAACAGGCACUGAAAAGAAAGCUGAAAUACAAAAUACACUUUUGCUACAAUCUUUCCACAAAAUACCUGAUGAGCAACAUAAUACUGACAUAAGCUAAAUCUAUUUAUGUAAAAAGUACCUCAUGAAAUUUUGUCCAGCAUACCUGAGGAAGCAGUCAGAAUAAUGAGGACUUCUGGGGGUAAGUAAAGUUUUGGAGGACUUUGAUACAACGAAUGCCUUUUAUAAAUAGGAGAAUAUAAAGGUGAAAUGUCAGAUUUUACAAAUCUACAUGACAUAAAGAUACCCAAAUAGUAUGUUUAAGAAAUUCUAGGACCGCAUUUAUUUUCUAGAAAUUUAUUUUCAAAGUGGAGCACUAAAAAGCUAUUCCCCUGCUUCUAGGCAUUGAUUGGCAGUAGUUCCUUCUUCCAAAUGCAGUACACAAACCAUUUCUUUCAACAAAGAUGUCUUCUCUGAUGAAAGUAUCUUUUCUUUAACAGAAAUACUGCUGACAUCUAGAACCACAUCUUCAAACAAGAAUGGUUGAAUGCACUAGUGUUAGAAAGGAAAGUGACACAUUCUUCAUGGCAAGUCAUACUGGGCUUAACAGAAACCAGUGAUAAAUUUCCUCAUCCAGAGGAAAACAAACCAAAAAAUCCCCUACCCAACAAAAAUACGUUUUAGUAGAAGCAGCCUGUGAAUUACUGUAUGAUGUAGGGUACAAAAAAAGGUCAUUAAUGGUUUUGGCACUCUUCCUCUAGGAAUGUGAAUUUGGUAAUGCCAUUUUAAUAGAUUUGAUGAGUAGACUCCUGGAAUACCUUAUCUGUUUACUGUAGCUAUCCAAAGCCCUUUAGCCCAGGCAGACGAAAGUGCUUGGAGAAGUCAUAGUGGUAAGAAUUCCCUGAAUUCUCUUAUAACAAUAUCUCAUAGAGAAUGUAGUUCUUAGCCUUCACUCUUUUAUAUGAAUCCCUGAAUAGAAAUGCUGCUUUUAGUCUCCUAUCUCAAGAGUCAGGGAUUUCCCAAGCAAAGUAGCAGUGCAAAAUUAAUUGGCACAUGCUAGUCCAAAAUCCUGUCUGUUAAAGCCAAGGGUUGAAAAGAGAGGAAAAGCAAUUUAAAUUAUUUAAACACAAUUGUGACUAAUAUUUAGAUAUUGCUGUGCAGCUGAGUGCACUUUAUAGAGGACUAUAAAAUGGAUUAAUGCAAUGUCUUUGAUAAGGACUUAAUAUGAAGGUAGGGUGUACUCAUAUUCCUUCACAAACACAAUCUCUUAAGAAUUAUUUGAAAAGACUGCAUAAUGUAAUGUUUUCUGUGUAUGGAAAAUAGAGCAAUAAUCUUUCAUCUUUUUUUGAAAAAAAGCUUCAGAAAACUCAAGGCAAGACACUUCAGCCAGAAUCAGAAUUUUGCAGUCUUUUUUUGUGAAUAAAUUUUGUAAAUAUAAUCUUGAAAAGAAUGUAUUAUAUAUAUGACUUUUGUAGGUCACUAACUCAUUUUUGCAGAGUUUGUGAAGCUAAAUGUUUAACAAAAUUGAUUUCUGGAAACUGAGUGUAGUUGAGGUCCAAAUUUUUUUUUAUUUUUUUUUUUUUUACAUUUAAGGACUUUGAAGCUGGGUGACAUUGGCCCACAUAUUUAUCUUCUUUGGUCUUCAACACUUCAUUUAUUUUUACAUGUUUAACAUAGAGCUUUUUAUAAAAAAAUAGACUGAUUUUUCAAUACCUUCUCCACCUGUGAGCACUUUUGUUACCAUUCUUUUUACCUGAGGCAGUUUGACACGAAGGCUUUGCUUUGUAAGAUCUUACAAUUUGUCAGGACAGACACGUCUGUCUAUAAUAGGUUGCCUUUUCAGCAGAUGAAUCUGGAUUGUUUCUUUUUGGUGAAUUUUAAUGAACUCCGUAUGUUCUUAGAAAAUGUUUGUCUGUUGCAAAAUACUUGUUUUUAUGUAACAUCCAGAAAUCUUUAAAGGAUAUUAAGCCACAUUUUAACCAAAUGUCUACACCUCAUUGGAUUAUUCUAAUAGUAAUGAAUGUAUUUUCUAAGCAGAUUUCUGUCAUAGCAGUAUUUAAGUGUGGUUGCAUAUUAUUUGCUGAUAGUACUGGGGUUUUUUUCCCCCCUCCAUUUUGGGUGCUUGAAUCGAAGAUCCCUUUGCACUUUUUGCAGUUACAAGGAAUUAAACCGCUAAACCUUCCUAAGGGAUGACCCAGAAAUGUUUAAGAUGUGUGGUGCUUCUGUUACGUUGUUCGUUGUGUAAUGGAAAACUGAUUUCUCCCAACUGAGUAAAAGAAACCAAAAAUCCCCUGA